GUUACAGCGCCCCUGAUCAUGCACCCGAACUUUUCUAGAAGCAUGCCAAUCUCACCUCAGACUCACGGUCUUAACGCCCGAGGGCCGAAAAAGGUUUCCCCACAAGCUCAUGAAACCGGUGAAUGCUAAGAGUCAACUUGCUCUCACCCACAGUGCCGGAUUAGGCUCUGAGCCGAACACCAGAUCGUGACGAAUCUACACUAGCCCGUGUCAAUGUGUUGGCCUGGAUGUACCGGGGCAGCACGUGUGUUGCCAGCCGUCGGAACUUCUGCACUGACCACUCCUCCAGUCCGGGGAAAGGCAUGUAGAAACAGUCUAGUUGCUGCUGUGCGAUGAUACUCGAAGGCAGCUACGGACUCGUUUGAUGCAUGUGCUGGAUUGUAACGCACCUCUCUUCUUCUCCGAUACCUCACCGAGAGCUGACAUCACGGGGCUUUAUUAGACCAGAGGAAACGGCCAUUGGACUGGCAAAGCCUUCCUUACCAUCCAAGCGCAGAAUGAACCAGCGUGAAUGGAGCAGAGGAUGCCUCACAAAGCUGGUACAUACGACGUGCAGUAUACUCUAUCUUCUGAUGCUCCCUGCUCCUUGCCUAGCGAGCAGACACUGCGGCAUCUUGGAGUCAGACGAUGCCACAGCAGGCUGGUCUUCCACGCCCACGACGAAUUUGAGGCUUUUGGACCGCCUCGAAGCCAGUUUCUACCAGAGAGAACCAAUCAAUGAGUACAUGAGGGGGUUACAUGUAAAUGUGCCUCAGUCGUGCCGCAACAGCCCGCUUGGUGUAGUUAGUGUACGCUGCAGCCCAAGCAGGCUCACACGUGUCCUGGGGCCAUCGGCCAGCAAUCGUGCGGCGAGGGGAGAGUUAAAGGCAGGUCCACGAGACUUGGCGCGAGGCUUUAACAUCACGGCUCCUGCCGGUAUCGAAGAGAACCCUAAGGCAUCGUUACCCAAAUAUCACUGUUAUCUCGUCAAGUUGUCAGGGACAGAACGAUCCUAAGCCUCUGUGGUGGGUGGGCGCGGUGUUAGCCCCCAUUCCCCCAAUGUCCCCCGCUUUGCUGUGAUCCCAAACGUUAUCUAGACGAUAUGGACAGAAUCUCGGAUGCCUCCUAUCCUACUCUGUGCAGCGGCAGGCAAUUACUCCGUAUAGACUGAGAG